AUGCCUAAUCUUAAACCCCACUGGUCAUAAAUAUUAUAUUUAUCAAUCUAACUUCCUGUAUUAUUAAGACACAGAACAAAGGUUGGAGCAGGCAGUAUUUAAUUCAAUGCUAUCCAAAAUAUACUUCCCUAUGAUGUUCACCUAUAAUUUAUAGUGAUAAACAAUACAAAAAGUAGUGCACUACUACUGGCAGUCCUAUGCAUAAGUGUUAAGUAUGAAGCAGAUUUGAGAGCAGUUAUUCAUUUUAAAUAAUUUUGUUAUGGUUAGCCUUAAGCAACCAGUUUCAGAGAGAAAUACCCAAUGAUAUAUAUAUUACAACCACUGAAUCAAUCUUGCUUAUAAUAAAACGGUUUUAGCCUGAGUAUUAUUUUAUGCACAAAGUAAAAGAUAGGGAUAAAGAGAUCAUGUAAGAUAUCAUCUAUUAAUCAAAUUAUUAUAACAACCUAUAGUAAUACUUUUCCGGCUGUCGAUAUGCACUUUCAAGCAAUCCUUUAUUAAUGUCUGAAGUAUUUGAUAUUACCUCUGAUAUUAAAUUAUGGCAUUAUAUAUUAAUAAAAAAAUAAAAAAAUUCAAUUUGGUUUCAAUUACUUUUUAUAAAUGUUGUAAUAAAGAAGAAUUGAGAUUAAAUUUAGAUGUGUUAUAGUUUAAUAUAAUGUAAUUUAAGCUAUCAUAUGGGAAUUUAUUACAAUCAUACUCCAAUUACCUUGCAAUAUCAAUUUUUGGGUUCCAAUUUUUUAAUUGUCCAGAUAUUGAUGAACAAUCUAUAAGUUGCAAAUCAACUUAUGAAGAAUGAGAUGGUCCAACAAAAGGUUAAUUGCCUAUCAUAUAUUGAAGAUUCAAAUAAUUAUGAAGUUUUAAACUAUAAAUUAAAUUAAAUCAAGAAAAAUCAUCGAAAGAAUAAUUAUCAUGUGGUAUUUUUGAGUUUAAAGAUAAUUGAUUAAAAUAGUAUUAUUUUCAUAAUUAUAUAGCCCAUCAAUAACAUUAAAUAUGUCAUAACAUGUUUGGAAUGUAUGUAGAAUCUUAAAAUAUGGAUUUAAAGUCUUAUUUGCUAAACACCAUUAUCUUCAAAUAAAGAAGGAAAUAUAUUUAAAUUUUAAAAAAAAGUGAGUUGCAUGUAAAACUAUUGCUAAUAUAUAUUCAAUUAUUUGCAAAUGCUCCAACAAGAACUAUACUAGAUUUUUCAAAUGAUUAUUCGUUUAUUGAUGAAGAAAUUUAAGAUAAGUAUUACUCCUUGAUUUAUCAAGAAAUUUAUAGAAGGUUUUGCUAAAUGUGUUGAAGAAUACAUCUAUGAUUUCACAAUUAGAAAGUGUAUUAUUAAGAUGCCAUCCUAUUAAAAUUGCCUCCGAUCAUACAUUAAUUUGGAAUAGUAAGUAAUUUGCACUCUUUCUGCAAUUGACGAUUUUAAAUUGCACUGAAAAUCACAAAUUGUGA